AUGUGGUGGCCGGUGGUGGCGCAUGGCGGCAACCACCACCACACGGUGCUGGCGGUGGCUCUUUCUAGAAGGCAGGUGACGAAACGGCAACAGCAAGCGGCGGUGAUGACUCGAUACAAUCAAAAGGAGCGAAAGGAUGGAGGAAUAGGUCACGGUUUAGCCUUACUGGGGGUCUUCCAUUUGUUCACAGCUCCUACCGUAAGUCUCAGCAACCAGCCGACUGUUCUCAACGUCACUAGCAGUAGUAGGGAUGUAACAGUAGCAUACUUUGUCAAGGCAACAGGCGGAAAUGGCGACGGUCGGAAUCGGAGAGGCAUUGGCUCCUUAACAGAUGGUGAAAGGCAGUGGAAGAAUGGUCGUGGCUAUCGACAUGAAAGUAGAAAAACGAAGAGCAACACAAGGAGGCGGUUGCAGCAACAUCGGCCUAACGCCCGACGACGGCGUUUCUGGUGGUUCCACGAUUCCCACACAAUGACAGCACCUACUCGGUGCUCCUUAGACCGGCCACCAUGGUCUUCGACGUCCGACGGUUGGCUUAAGGGGAUUCACGGUGGUAGAGGAAGGAUAGAGGCACCGGAGGUGUUAACGUAA